AUGCGAUACGCGCCGUGGAAAUUAGCGACAUGCGUCGUUGCCUUGUCUUUUGGCAACCCGGCACCAUUUUCCGACAAUGUUGGAAACCCCAGACGCGGCAUUCCACCGCCGAGCGAGGAUUCAUUCUACACGGUGCCGAGCAAUAUCGGCGACAGCAGUCCAGGCACGAUUUUAAACCACCGCAGUCCACCUUCUGCAAUUUCUGCGUUUGGGCACACAGCUGAGAAGUUUGUGGAAAAGAGCUUCCAGAUUCUAUACCGGACGUCCGACAUGUCGGGGAAUGCCACUGCAUCAGUCGUCACUGUUCUCAUCCCGCCCCAUGCCGACUUUGGCAAGGUCGUGUCGCUUCAGGCUGCUGAGGACGCUGCAUCCAUAGACUGCGCUCCUUCAUUUGGAUUCCAGGCAGCAGCUGCGCAAUAUCCGAAGAUUAAUUCACCGACCAUGCAAGCCCAGGAGCUCCUCGCUGAUGCGGCUUUGCACCGGGGGUGGCCGGUCAUUAUUCCGGAUGCAGAAGGGCCUCGGGGCAUAUACCCCUCGAGCAAGACCAAUGCGUAUAUUACGCUUGACGGCAUCCGCGCUGCCAUGAGCUCCGGGCCAAUCACUGGCAUACAAAAGAAUGCCACAAUUGUUUUAUGGGGGUAUUCUGGUGGAGGCAGUGAUACCCUCCAAGCCGUUCAAGUACAACCGCAGUAUGCACCAGAGCUACAGUUUGCAGGCGCUGCUUUGGGGGGUGUUGCUGGUGCUGGUCAAUCCAUCAUCAAGUCGAUUAGCUUUCUCAACAAAAGUCCACUGGCGGGAUUUAUUCCGAUUUCUCUAAUCGGUUUUGCGGCCCAAUCCCCGUCGAUCCAAACUAUGCUUGAUGAGCACCUCAAGCCGGAGUACCGUGAUAUGUUCUAUUUGCCCAAGCAGCAGUGUCUCGAGGCAAAUGGGGAGACGUUCGCCAACCAAGACAUCUUGGCCAUGUUCAAUGAUUCGUCAUUCUUGGACAAUCUCUCAGACCAAGUUGAUCAGUUUCGUGUGGAGAAUACCGCACCAACCGUCCCUCUAUUCUGGUACCAAACCGCAAAGGAUACGCUCGUCCCGGCCUCGAGCACGAUCAGCGGUAUUGAUGCCUAUUGCUCCUCAGGCUCUGAUAUUUCAUAUCUUCUGGAGGAAGGCAAUUCUACCCACACCUCGUACGGGAUGAUUGGGGCCCCUGCGGCGCUUAAGUGGCUUGGAGGCAUUUUGAGUGGUCAAGAGCCAACUCCAGGCUGCACAAGCGAGACCGCACAUACCAGCGCUAUUGACCAAAACUUUUUAAGCAUUUACCCUGCGGAUAUCCAAACGAUGAUUCGGAAGUUUACAGACGGAACUCAAUGA